AUGGGCGAACUUGUUACAGAGGCAGUUUGUCAAACUUCAGACUCUAAUGAGUUUUUAUUUUUGGUUUCUUUGUAUCUUAAAAGGAAAAACCUCGAUAGCUUAUCCGAGGGUAUUGAUCGCAAACUACGUUCACUUCCAGCUGGUGACAAUUGUCCUGAGUUUAGCAAUCUUUUCGAAAAAUUCAAUCAUUUUUAUGGAUUGAUUUCUGGUGAAACAUUGAAUCGAGUCAUCGGUGAAUUUAAGCGACAUUUGGCAUCAUUGGCGAAUUCCUCUCCUCAUGAUCAUUCCUUUUUGGAUCUUAUCCUUAGCUCUGAGAGGAGAUCUGGUGUGAGUUCAGUGGGUUUUUCGCUUGCUGUCGGCAACAACUUGCGAUUUACGCGUGCUUUUCCUCCCAAUGCACUGUAUGUAUUACAUGGAUAUCAGGAAGCCGCUGUGAUAAGUGCCUAUACUAGAUUAAAACUUCAAAUGCAUGUAUUCGGUCACAAAGCCUCUGUAUUCAAUCUGAAGUACGACCGAAAGCUUAGUUUCCUUUUCUCUUCAUCUUCAAAUGGUAUCAUCAAAAUUUGGUCUCUUCAUCCCCUGAAUUUUGGUUCAAAGUAUCCUGUUGCUCGUUACUCCCUUUGGGGUCAUACGAAGCCUUUUAUUGUCUCAAAUAUAUCGAUUGACAAUCAUUUACUUGCUUCAAUUGAUAAUUCCUGUAGCUUGGUUAUUUGGUGUUUACGAACCGGUCAACCAGUUGUAUCUCUUCAAGGCAACCAGGAAUCUAAUAGUUCCCCCGUUGGUCUCGCUCUAAUUCCCAAUCUCAUGAAGCAGAACUCCCAUAAGAAAGAAGGCUGUGUUGUGAUAGCUACAGAGAAGAAGGGGCUUCGAUUUAUCUUCUUUGAACACAAUUUGUGUUCUAAUCAUCAUGAUCUUGUCAAUGGCUGCUGUGACGUUAAUCUUCUUUACACUAAUGUCAUCCAUCUAACUGAUCAAGAGGGCAAAAAUUGCAAACUCCUGGCUUUCGAUGUUUGUCCCGGUUUCCGUCGAAUUGCUGUCGGUUGUUCCGAUAUGACUGUUCGAUUGUUCUCCUUUGACGGCACACGCUCCCCAGUGACUGAUGGUCGUCUUUCCACUGGGGAAUCCAAACCAUCAAUUUUGGCGUUUGGCCAUACCGGAAAUUACCUUGCAGCUGCAUCAAGACCAGACGGAGGUUGUUGGAUCUGGGAGCUUGAAGGUGAUCUCUGGAGAGGUGGAGCGCUAAAUUUCGAAAGUCGGUCAGGGAAGCGUCCCACUGCGUUGGCCUGGAGUUAUGAUGACGCCAACCUUAUUGUGGGGCUUUCUUCUGGUGGCACUUUCAUCUUUACCCAUAAUCGCAAGCGUCUCGUUGGUGUUCGUAAACACGAAGGAGAAGUUAGCUGUAUUGCAGUUUCUCCUUGUUCCGCGGAGAUAUUCGCAACAGGCGGUGCCGACGGUCGCUUCAUUGUUCAGCGUCUGUUCAAGAGAUAUUCCGAUUGGGAGGUCCAAGUUCUGAUGUCCUAUCGAAUGCCCCCCGUACAGUUGGCCUCCUCUUUUGGCAUCUCACGAAUUCAGGAAGGUGACUUUGUAGAUGUGGUUGAAGAGGAGGUUGCUGAUGUCGAGGAUAUGUUACGUGUGAUAAACAGGGCGCCUAAACCCAGUCAAGCUAUCACCUGUUGUGUUGCUCUACCGAUGGCCCAUGGAAUUGGCUUCAUUCUAGGCUCCGCUGGUGGUGUUAUCUCGAUUUUCAAGCCUUCUGAAACCGAUGAAUCCGAAAGUGAGUCACCUCCCAUUGAUGAGCAAUUCUUCCAUUGGGAGUUGCAACGCGCCGAUGUACGCGACGUGAAUAGGCAUUGCGCUCGCUUGAACAAUUUUCUCAAUUGGGAUUCAGUGCAGAAUACAGUCACAUUUGAGCGUAAUAAUCACUCCGAUAUUUAUAUUCUUCAUCCUAAGAAUGUGGUACACGAAGUGUACCAUGUCUCAUCCAAUGUUCCAUUUUCACGUUUACCUCCACCCUACUUGGUGGAUGCCAAUGGCCGACCUCAUCCUGAAAGCCGGCAGAAACUUCAAGUUCCUGGUAGACAAGAAGAUGGAAAACCUACAUGUGUUCUUGGUGAAGAUGACAUACCAGCCGUAAUUGAUGAUAUACAAUUCGCCACCCUCUCAGACUCCUAUCUCUUCACGGCUCGCUACCCCGCAGUUACCGCUCCGGACCAUGGAAAGAAGUACCUCUUCCGUUGUCACUGGUUGACAGGUAGGGAAUAUCUCAUCCUUCCCUUCACGCCUGAUGAGUUAAUGUCAAAAAUUAACCGUGUGAAGGAACUACAAUCGACAUCUUCAAAUUAUGUCCCGAAAACUGUGAUACAGAAACACCUAGCUGAAGCAAACGCUACACCAGUAAGGCAAAUGUUUGCCGAAGCUAUGGCUCAGUGGUCGGAUGACUCAAGUGAUCCGAACUGGAAUUCCGAUGAUGAUAAUUCAACAUCUCAGAGGCGAAGGCAACGCUAUAGAAAUGGAUCAACGUCAUUAUCUGAGCAUAGCUCAUUAGACGAUAGUACCUUUGCUGUUAUCUCUUCUCUCCUUUCUCAACCUGCACGACGUUCGCUUCGUCAACUUGAAAGACGACGACAGGCGGAACAACAACUGGCUGCUGCUUCUCGGAACCCCGUCAUUUCCCUUCCCUCCUCUGCUACUCGAAGGCCCCUACGAUUUAAGAGAAGGCUCCAGCUUCGAAGGAAACCCAAAGAUCAGAGCAAUUACUCUGCAUUUGAGAGAGCGCAGCUAUGUAGAGGAAGAGUACUUCCAAAUGAACAGGAACAUUGUCAAUCGCGAUUGGAGGAUAGUUUACAUGAUCUAGAGGAUGAACUUAGGCAAAGAAUCAUACGAAGCAUCGAUCAUGCCGAAAUGCAUCGUACUUAUCCAGUGGAAGAUCCACCAAUUGAUGGAUUCCUCCAUCAAAACACAAAAAAUCCGCGUGGUCCAUGGAAGGGACCCGUUGUUGAUUGGCUGUCAGCCACAAAGCCCUCCGCUGCACCCUAUGUACCGCAGCUUGGUGAUCGGGUGGUUUAUGUGGUGCAGGGCCAUCAGGAGUAUCUUGAGAAGGCCUGGUGGCAUGGAAAAGUCCCCGAUAUUGAUCCCAAUCCUCUCUCGGAUAACAAUUCCCUCGGGGCAAAAAGUCUUACCUUACCAUGGGAAGAGACUAGUGAUUUACCGAAUUACAUAUGUUGUAAUGUUGUGGAUUUGACCUAUCACUUCAUGCGAAUUAGUCGAAGUGAAUCACAAGGCCAUGGAAAAUUGAGAAAGGCCGAACCGAAACUAUAUCAAGAAUAUCCACAAUUCUUUGGUAGUUGCCGUCGUCAAUCCGAAAUCGAGGAUCGAUUUCAUUCUGGUGAGCCAGAAGAUGGCUUUGUUCGUCUGGUUUCUCUUCGUCUUGAACCUGAUUCCGAACAACCGUAUACCUCAAUUGGUGCCUCCACACAACACUCCAAUUCUAGAAUACCCAAUGCCAUCUACGUUCGCUAUCAUAACUUUUUGGGUGGAUUAGACUUCCUUAUUCUUCGUAAUCUCUUUGACGAAGCAAUCCGAAAAUCUUGGGUUAAAGGAGACGUAUUUAUUUUCCCCACGGAUACAGCAUGUUUCCGUGGUAGGGUGUAUGAGGACUACAGAUUCCACAUGAAAUCUGGGUCUUCAACGUUCCGCACACUUCCGCUGCGUCCUAACCCUUGGUUGGGAGUUAAAGUUACGUAUCUGGAGGAUUUUGAACUCGGCUACAAGGAAUAUGAUGAAGAAACAACAGAACAGGAAAGACAAGAAGGAAAAUACGUUGACAGGCUUUCCCCUUGGGACAUGCACCCUUGGGAUGGUCGUCUACCCAUUUCCGACGUCCCUAUGUCCACCAUCUCCUCAUCGCUUCGCUCAGAAGUGCAGCUUGGGUUAGAUCGAUUGGUGAAACUCUACGGAUCUGGACAAUUUGUACGAGCCGAAAUCUUUUCUCUCCCACCUGAGACUAAUUCCAAUAGCGAUCUCACUUUUAAUCAGACCAUUAUUAAUACAGUGAAAGUUAUUGACAAGAUGCGGGAAUUUGAGGCAGCCAAAGCAUUCUUUACCUAUGUAGACCUCUCCCUAUACCCCAAUUACAUAAAAAUUAACCCUUACAUGAUUGAUCUCCAAUUCAUCCGAGAUCGUUUGGAGUCCGGUUUUUACAGACAAAAGGCCGCGAUUCAAUUCGACUUGGAGUGUAUCGCCAAAAAUGCCGAGCGUUAUAAUGUGCCUGAUAGUCUGAUUGUGAGACAGGCAAAAGUUGUUUCCUACCUGGCUGUGAAACCCCUCUGGGAUCCUAAUUACACCACGGAAAAACUGGUUGCCGACUACAAUCAGCUGGUAGCUCGUGAGCCUGAAAUUAAUUUGCCUGUUUAUUCAGAGUUGGACGUGGAAGUUGCGCCCCAACUUCCUCCUCCUCCUCGUCUUGUGAUUAUUGAUAAUGUGGAAAUGGAUCGGGAGGAGGAAGUAAGAGAAAUUGUCGAACCAUCCGUCAGUCCAACCGCUGAACAAGUGUUGAAUGCUAUGGGGGCGGUUGGUGUUGGAUAUUCUCUUCAAGAGGAUGGGACACAGGUGAAUGAACCAGCCUCUCAGUCGGAGUUAACUGUUGUGACUGAUGUUCUCGCUCCUGUUAUUGAACAAAGACAUCCCCUCAGAGAUUUAGCCUCCCCUACAAAUCCAGAGAGCAACAACCUGGAAGAGGCAGAUGAUACCGAGGAUUGUGAAUGGAGAAUAAAAUGUAGAGAACUCCUUUGUAAAGUCAUUCGACAUCCCCAGAGUGUAUUCUUUAGAUCUCCUGUUGAUGUUGAGGAAUAUGUGACGUAUCGUGAUAUCGUUGAACAUCCGAUGGAUUUAAGUGAAAUUGGAAGACGUCUUGUUCGUACGCAGUCUGAAAAUAUUGGACUAUUCUACACCAGUGCUCAGCAAUUCAUCGACGAUCUCCGACUUAUUGUGCACAAUUCUCGUCUCUUUAACACAGAUCCUACCAUGCAGGCAAGUUUCAAGAAGCGCUUCGGACUCUUUCUGGGUUCAGUCUACGUGGACACUACGUGGUUGGAACGAUGGAUCAAUAGAGUGGCUGUGAAUUCCCUUUCGGAGUACCUUGAAGAGGGUACCAACCAAGUAUCAGCUAACAGUCCUGACGAAAAUACUCCACCACGAAGGAACUUGCGUCCUAGAAAUCGUUCAAGAAACAGUCACACAUUCUCUGUCGAUGACUCGGAUUAUGAUGGUAACAGCAAUGAUGGAGAUGAUGAUGAUGAUGAUGGCUCCGUUGUUCAAACAUCAAGUGGAAGAGUAUCGCGUAGACCAACUCGAUUAUAUCUUGAUUCAUUGACUUCGCUAUCUCCUAGCUCCUUUGAUGACCGAUCCAGAAGGCGUCAAGGAGGAAGGAGAAAUGGACGAAGGGGUAGGCCGAACGCAACCAGUCGAUCAAGAAGUACACGACGUCGAAGACCCAAUAGUGAUGAUGAUGAUGACUUUAUAGACGAAGUAGAACUAGCUGAUGUUCCCUCUAAUCCCCAUCAACUAAGACCUCGUCGUCGCGCUGCUACCUCAAAUUCCACCUACUUGGAAGUUGAUGAAGGAAGUGCGUAA